CAGCUCUUGUCAUCCCGUUAAUCUUGCUGAUCUUCUGCCCAUCCUGUGCAAUCGAUGAUUUCUAUCCUAGCCGGAGUGCUGCUCUUGAGAUUCUUUAAAAGGCCCCUGUGACAACAUCUCUCAACGUGUGGGAAUGUUUGCAAUUGCGCACUUCGUUGAACGCAAUGAGAUUGAAGUCGUUCCUGCCAUUGGAUUAGUGGAACCCUGUGUAAGUGGCCUCAGGGUUCUACCGAUAGGGCUAAGCGACUCAUCUUGAAAGCAUGUCCUCCUGAAGACACCUGGGUCAGCUACAAAGUCAUCGUCCGGGGUAUUUACUCUACGUAUGCAGAAGCUCGAAGAAAGUUAAACGAUCUGCAGUACCAUUCGGAUGUCAACUCUGAAGCUGAAAUGAACACAAGAAAACGAAAUCGUCUUCCGCCUAAACGUUUUUGCGAGGAAUCGUCCGAUGAAUCUGAUGGGGACAAAAACCAAAAUGUACCCCCUUCCCUCCUGAAAAGUCUGGAGAAAAGGGACGCCAUGGUAGUCUAUCACAAAGGAACUCCGCAGAGCAUGUAGGAAAAUCGAAAAAAAGGAGGCCACCUCCUUUGCUGGAAGAAACUGACGAGGAAGACCUUUUGCUAGAUGUGCCACCUGUGCCACCUGACUUUCCAUCGCAGUGUCCAUCUUCCUCUAACCUGCAGUACUCAGGAGAGCAAAGCCAGUGCCCACCUUCUUUGCCAAAUGAAAAUCCCGAGGAGAACAAUGGACCUGGUAUCACAGCUUCACAGGGAGUGUUCACAGAGCAUGUAGCAAGAUCAAAAAAAAAGGAAGUCACCUGCUCUACGAAACAAAGAGGAUGACAUUUUGUUUCAUGUACCUCCUGCUCAGCGUAACACCUCACACCUGACUUCCAGCAACUCUCAAUGCCCUGGUGACUCUACGAUAAUGUCUGAAAUAAUGCCUACCGAGAUACACAGGAUCCCGCCCUUCGAGCAACGGACGUCUCAAGAAGAGUGCAACAAGCAGAUUUUACGGCUACUUCAUGUGCUGCGACUCACACAACAGCAGCACGGGGAGAUUCUCCAGGAGCUCUGCAAACAACGUGUCGUCAUUAAUGAGGCUACAGAGGUGCCCCUGCUUGUCGAGUCGCCAUUCACCCUUGUUGAGACUUUGGAAGCGUUUAACACCUCGUUGGAUGAAAUCAAAGAAAGACGCCUAGUGAAGGAGUUGGCCCAACUUGGGGGAAAUGACGUAAGAGUUGCCACACGAAGAAUGCUGGGAUACCUGAUGAAAGAUGAAACCGCAGCAGAGUACAGCUGGCUUGGCAAGAAAGGGAAAAGGAAGUUUGCAUUUUUGAAGUUCCCACAAGUGAUCGUCAAGGCGAUUAGGAUGAACAAGAACAUGAGCAUGGCAACACAGGAUGAAGUAGAAAGCACAAUCAAGACUUGGUUACGUCACGCAAAGGAGAGAUGUGGUAACAAGUCAGCCCCGGAUGAUUAAUGGUUCCUGUCGCAACAGCAAGUAACUGGACAGUUGUGUUUUUGCCAGUGAGCGAGUAGCCUGGUGUCUCCCACAUGCACCGUAUCAUCACCACAUGAAGCACCAUACUUGAAAUUGCAAUUUUAAUGUACAUUUGCUUUUGGCGUAAGCUAAGCUUUUAUAUUCUUGCACUUAACAAUUUUUCCACUUUUGUAUUUUGUAGAGGGUUUAGCAGCAACAGGUGUUCCUGCUAGAGUGUUAUUUAACUGCCUUUAAGACAUUCAGUCAAAAGUUGUCAUUGCUCUUUCAACAAGUAAGUUGGUGGUGUGCACGUUGGUGCGAGUGACGUAUGGCUUGAUAUUGUAUCAACUUU